CCCGAGCGCAGAGCGGCGGCGGCGGCGGGGCGCUGCCCGAGCCCGCUCCGCUCCGCCGGGCCAUGGCCAGCACCGGCUCCGCGCCCGGGGGCCCGGGCCCGGGCUCGGGCACGGCGCUGCCCACCCGCUUCCAGGAGACGGAGAAGCUGCUGUCGGCGACGGAGGGCCGGGAGGAGAAGGGCCUCCGCGGCUCCAAAUCCUUCACGGCAGCCCUGCCCGGCGAGACGGAGCGCAACGGGCACGGGCUCGGCUACAAGUCGGUGUCGGUCGGGCACCUGGAGGCGCCGCCGCUGUCGCCGUCCCGGCUGAGCCUGGGCAGAGCCUCGUCCACGGCCACCAGCACGGCGGCGCCGGAGCAGGGCCGCCCUCGGGACUACCUGGUGCUCGCCAUCUUCUCCUGCUUCUGCCCCGUCUGGCCCAUCAACAUCGUGGCCCUCGUCUUCUCCAUCAUGUCGAGGAACAGCGGCCAGCAGGGGGACACGGACGGCGCCCGGCGGCUGGGACGCAUGGCCAGGCUGCUCAGCAUCGUCUCCAUCGUGCUGGGGACCAUCAUCAUCGUGCUCUACAUUUCACUCAGCAUCGGAGCUUCCUAGAAGACGUUUCAGCAUGCAAAUACCUUGAAGAGGAGGAAGACAACUUUCCUUUUGGGGUUUUUACUUUCAGCCUUGCAACAAAACAAAACAAAAAUUGUCACAGUGUAGGUGGGCAGCCCUAGACAGUCUGCUCUGGAGCGCCGUUGGAAGGAACGCAUGCGUCAAUUCACCGCCUCCUGGGAAUGAGCCUGGGCCAGGGACGGGAUAAAAAUCACCCUGAGGAGCAAUGGGAGAGGCCACUGAGGAGAGGAGAGGAGAAGGGGGAAAUCCACUACCUCAUUCGUGCAAGAGGAGGAGAGAGUCUCCAGAAGGAAGCUGGUUGUGGAAGGAAAACACAAGGCGAGAACGGGACGUUUCUGAGGAGUCCUCCUGAGAAUUCUGGCACAAGUCACUGGAUUUUUUGGGGGGUUGUUGGUUUUUAAAUCGUCAAAUUCUCUGUCUCUACAAAACAAAACAAAACAACAAAAAACAAAGCUCAAACUGCCAUCAGGAGCUGAGAGCUGUUCCAGGGAGGAGGAGGAGGGAGAGCAGAGCUGCAGCAGGACCACGGCUCUGCUCCAAGCGAAACGCAGCCGCCAAAGCUGGAGGAUGUGGUGGGUGCUUUUGUAUUUUUGAUGAAAAAAAAAAAGAAAAAAAAAAGAAAAAAAAAGAGACAAUGACCAUUUGCAUGCCUUUGGGAAUGUUCUCCAUGUCUGUUCCUACGAGCUCUUUUAUCACUUAGGGCAGAUCUCAGAGCUGGCAGAGGAGGAUGUUGCUGCAUGAGAACCCCGGACUCCUCCUCACCCCCAUCCCAAGGUGGGCUUUUUAAAGGAAGGCAAAAUCAGGCGUUCCCUGUGAACCCCCCCAUUUCUCUGUGCACCCAGAGGGAGGUUGGCACCCCUGGCACUGAGACAAUGAGACAAGAGCCUGGUUGAUGCCCAGCAGCAGCACCAGGGCAUGGAGAGCCCCUUCCACCCACUCACCCCCCGAUGCCACGGCACGCAGAGGCUUCAGCGUGAUCCAGCCCCCAGCACUGCCAGUGCUCACCCCCAAACCCUCUGGGGCUUCAGCUUAGGGCCUUCCAGGAGAUUUCCAGGGGCAUGGAGGAGUUUUAGACUCCUGCUCCUCUCCUUGCACCCCUCACACAGCGUUUCUCACACAGCUCUGAAAAUCUCCGGCGCCCCGGGAGCUGCCUGGGGGCAGUUCCAGGAGUCGUUGUAUUAUUUUUUAAUGUUUUGUAUUUACCACAACAAGAAAACAGACUCUGCUCCUCCCACUCUGUCUGCAGGCACCACAGGCCCUGCCAUGUCUUCCACAGCCCCUGGCUCCCCCAGCCCAUCCCUGUGGCACCCAAUGCCCCUGGAGGCUCCAUCCAGCCCCAGCCCUUCUCCUCACUGCUGUGGGGCCUCCCUGGGGUUGUUUCUCUACCCACCCACCCACCCAGACUAUGCAAAGCUCCAUUGCCUGUUGUUUCAGCCAGGCUUUGUGACUUCUGGCCACGUCCAUUGGCUCCCUGAGGCUCUUUGAUCCAAACUUUGGGGACACACCACCAAGAGCUGCACUGCCUGACCCUUCUGUUGUGUCACAGCCUGAGAGCAUGGACUGACUCAGAAUUGAUGUCCUGCAGGGCAUUUCUGCUCCCUAACACCCCAAAUUUAAACCAAAUUCAAUGCUUCCCUGGCUUGUCUACAUGGAGAAUCCACCAAAAGAAACCUCCCAACAUGGAAACUGCUUGGCACUGCCUCCUGCCCUGGGCUCUGAGUGGGCACCUGGCUUAGCACAGGGCAGGGGUGGAUGUAAAUCCACGCUGUAGUUACUCUGUAGUAACUAAUGUGCAAAGCCACUGCAUCUCUGUGAAAAUUCUCCUGUCACCUUUUUUGAUUGCUCCUCUUUCAAAUGGUUUUUUCCCUCUAGAUGUUGUUUGAAUCCAGGGGGUGAGGAAGCCAAAUCCCCCAGACACGCUGUCAACGUUUUCCUCUCCACUGGAAGGGAUGCCAGGGGCUCACAGCAAUAGCACAUCACUACAGCACCUUCUUGGGCUCCAUUCCCAUCCACCCCUUUGCCAGCACUCCAUCACAAAAUGCUGGCACCUAAAAUGGACCAAAUCUGCAACUUCUUCUUGUGCAAUUUAUCUUUUGUGAGUUCAGCAAACGGGGAGUGCUGAGCAUUGCUGGGUGGGAGCUCCCUCCUCCAUCCUCUGCCCAGGAACUGCCUCUUUUCCUCCUGAGCCCUUCAGAAACCCUCCUUUGGAUGGUCAAAAUUCGUUUUAUGGCUAUUGAAACCCCAUCAAACCCCCAAAUAUUUCCUCCUUUAACUCUUGGACUCAAAAGCUGCUUGAUGGGGAACAUGUAGGAUAUUUUUGGAGCUACAUAAGGGCAGUGCUGCCUGUCCCUGAUUCCCUGCCCUCUGCCCCUGGAGCUGCUGGGAUUCAGCUGAUGGGAAGAGCCCAGGAAGCAGGAAGGGCCCUUUUUUCAGGGAAAAGUGCUGGAGGCAGUUCUAGGACUUGAGAGCGCUGAGCGUUUAUUAAGUAAGGAUUUAAAUGCUCUUUUAUCAUUUUAUAAAGCCUUUCAUCUAAAGUGCUUCCCUGCAUCCAAAGGAUCAAACCCUGGCACCCCCCACGAGGGGGGUUCACAUUACUGCUCUAAUUGCAGGGAUGGCAGAAGCUCAGGCUCUGAGCUGCUCCCAAACCAACCCCAUUUUCUUCUCUUUUCAUCCUCCUCCUUAGCAGAACCAUCUCUGAGCACAGAUUUCCUUGGAAUCUGGGUUUUCUUUUUCAGUGGGAUCCAAACAAAUGUGGUUCCAAAUGGGAUCCCUGCAGGGGUUUGGGAGGCAGCUGCUCCUUGCCAGGACAAUCCCAGGCCAGGGCAGCACAGAGCAUUGGAGGCACCAGGAUUCCCCUGGAUGCAGGAGGAGGCAGAAGAUUUCCCCAAAAACCCCAGGGUGAUGAUUUGUUUGUGCCUCCUGUCCCGUUGGACAGCUCAGGUGAUGCUUCUCACCUCACUGUCAAGUCUAACAAAAGAGAAGAACUAUGACACUUAAAUCCCUUUCAUUCUAAAAUCUUCCUGAAUAGAUACAAUUGUACUACACCCUUGAACUCAGCUUUUUUUCCCUUCUUCUUAUCCUGCAUUUAAAUCCAGAGGAAAGCCCCCUGACAAAAUAUUUACUCUGUUUGUAACCUGCCUCUGCAGUGCUGGAGGAACAAACUCUCCAGAACACCCCAAAGUCCCUUUCCCUGCUCCCCCACCACAUUCUAAACACAUUUUGCAGCCUGUUUUGCAAAGUUUUGCCACUUUGCUCUCCCUAUCUCCAUGGUUUUAUCCCAGUCCAGCUCCCUCUUUGGCUCUUUUUGGGUGGAAUUUGCUCAUUUUGGUGAAGGAGGAGCCUGCAGAGCCCCCAGCCCUCAGCACUCACCUGAGCAGGGUUACAGCUGAAACAGGCACAAAAUCCUGGCCAAAUCCUCCCCCCUGGUGAAGGAAAGGUGAGAGCAGGGUGACAACCCAGCCCAGGGCAGCUGAGCUGGUAGGAGGAGAGCUCUGAGGGGAUGGAGAAGGAGGGAAAUGUCUCUAAAUGUGAGCUGGAGUGGGAGCCACCAGCGAGUGUCAGCUCCUGGUGGGAUGGAAAUCCAGGGCAAGGGUUGGAAAAAAUGGAGAUCCAGGGGAAGGACUGGAAAAAAUGGAGAUCCAGGGGAAGGAUUGGGAAAAAUGGAAAUCCAGGGGAAGGAUUGGAAAAAAUGGAGCUGGGGCUGCUGGCACCUCCCUGGCACUGCUGUCCCCGGGUUUCUGUGCCAGGAUUUGGGGCAGAGCUGGGCUCAUGGGGUGCCACAGAAGGGCUCCUGGCUGCAUCAAGGCUGGGUUGAAGCUUUAAGCUGAACCAGCAAUAAACUUUUCUUGGUUUUGUAGCAGCCCCAGUGACCCAGGGUCAGGGAAGGUCUGGCCCCAGCCAGUGGGGUCACAGCAGCACCAAAGGGAUCUGAGCCCCAGCAGGGGAAACAAAGCCACCAAAGCACUUCAAAGUUGGAUGGAUUUGCUUUUUCUGGCUGGCAUUUCACCCUGUUCCAGUUUCCUGCUCUUUGCUGGUUUUAUCACACUGUCCCCUCAGCAUCCCACCCCCAAAUUUGCUGUGUUAAGGAUGGAUUUGCUUUUUCUGGCAGCUGUUUCACCCUGUUCCAAUUUUCCCCUCUCUACCUGCUCUUUGCUGGUUUUACCACCCUGUCCCCUCAGCAUCCCCAUCCCAGAGCUCUCCUGAGCCCCUCAGCCCUUCCUGCCCCCUCUGCCCCUGCUGUCACUGGGACAGGUCCUGCUGCAAUGGGAUCCCAUCUCUGGGUUCAUCUCUGGGCUCAGGGAGCUCUGACCCCCUCCAGCCCACACAGAUUUCUCCAUGCAGACAAGGGGAGCAGAUCCUGCCUGUUCUAUAAAAUGGAAUCUCAAUUUCUGUUCCCUCCAAGCCCAGGGAGAGGCUGCACCCACCCUUGCCCUGCUGUGUUACCACAGCCAGGGUUGCCCUUCUAAAUGAAAUUAUUCCGAUUUAAGCUCGUUCUCCUUUCAGUACACAGCCUUUAAUUUUUGGCAAAAAAACAGUUAGGUUUGGACAGAAGAACUCCCCUGCUUGGGCCCAGUCCCAGGGGGUGUGGGGGGAUAGCAGCCUUUUCAAAGUGGGAAUAUUUGUAAAGCAUUUGCUGACACCAGUAGGUAGCAAAAAAUCCCAAGCUAUAAACACCCAUCCAGGAUAAGAAACAUCAGAAAGGGAACGUGUGCAGGACUCACCAAGGCAGCCCUGGCACCACCUGGGAGCCCUUGGAAGGUGCCAGGGUUUGGUCCUUGGCACGGAAUUGCAGGGUCCAUCCCCCCACUGGGAGAGCCACAGCUCACACACAGCAUGAACACACCAGGAAUUGCAGCUGGGUGCUUCUCUUUGCUGACAAAUGUUUCUUUUUCUGCAGGAUGGUAUGGUAUAUCUUAUAUACUUUCUUUGUAUUUCUUGGCAUGAGAAAAAAAAAAAUUAAAAUGUAACAUGCAUGGUCAAA